AUUUUUGUAGUAGACUACAAAUAAUUUUAUUGUUUGUUUACAGUUUAUUUUAGUUUAAUAGAUGUAAACUUGUAAGUAAUUUAAUAAAUAUGAACGUUUUAGAACUUUACAGUGGUAUAGGUGGUAUGCACUUAGCUUUGAAAGAUAGUGGUGUUAAAGGAAAUAUUGUGGCAUCUAUUGAAAUAAACAAUAUAGCUAACGAAAUUUAUAAAUUAAAUUUCCCAGAAACAUACUUGUGGAAUGCAAAUAUUGAAGGAAUAACAGUAGAAGAUAUAAAGAAAUUAAAUGUAGAUACAAUAUUGAUGUCACCUCCAUGUCAGCCUUUUACCAGAAAUGGUUUACAAAACGACAUAAAAGAUCCAAGAACAGCGUCAUUUAUUCACCUAUUAAACAUAUUUCCUGAGUUAAAUAUAAAAUAUUUACUCGUAGAAAAUGUUAAGGGGUUUGAAAACUCAGAGAUGAGGGAUAUGCUGGUAAAAGUUUUAUCAGAAAAUGAUUAUAACUAUCAGGAGUUUAUAGUAAGCCCCCAUCAAAUAGGAGUUCCAAAUUCGAGAAACAGAUAUUAUUGCUUAGCUAGAAAAUAUGCAAGAUUUUCAUUUGAAGUUGGGCAUUUGUUGGAUUCAUUUCCUGAUCAUUGUGAAAGACAGGAAUGUUUUAGCAUAGAACACAUUUUGGAAGAAAAUGUUGAUCCAAAAUACUAUCUUUCAGAUAGUAUACUAAUAAAAUAUUCAAAUAUAAUUGACAUCUGCUACAAACAUUCUAAAAGAUCUUGUUGUUUCACAAAAGCUUACAGCAGGUUUAUAGAAGGCACAGGAAGUGUGUUCACAGAUAAGCCAGAGAAAGAAGUGGUGGAAGUGUUUAACAAAAUAAAAACAACUGAAUUAAGCAACAAUUCAAAACUAAAUUUGUUAAAAUCAUUGGGUUUAAGGUUUUUUACUCCUCGUGAAAUAUGCAGGUUGAUGUGUUUUCCAGAUGAGUUUUAUUUUCCACCCACAAUUGGUGAUAGGAAAAAGUAUAUGGUUUUAGGUAAUAGCAUCAAUGUUAGGGUUGUUUCAAAAUUAAUACAAUUACUAACAAAUUAAGUAUUGUUAUUGACUGUUUUACGUUUUAUUAAGUACAAACUUUUAUACAAAUGUUGAAGCUAA